AUGGUCCGAGGAGGACGACUCGCGCUGUACGGCGCCGUGUCGACGGUGCUGGCGGUGUGGACGGUGCUGAAUGCGUUUAGGCAAAGGAGCAACUUCUACGCGGCGGCCGUCUACCUCUCCAAGAGCAACGCGUGCAUGAUGAUCCUGUGGAACCAGGGCAUCUUCCAGACAGUCAUGCUCGGCAAGCUGCUGCAGGCGGUCUUCCUCGGCGAGCUGCGGUUGAUCGAGGUCGAGCGGCUACAAGAACGAGGCUGGUUUGCCGUCACCGAGACCCUCCUCGCCCUCACCAUCUUCAAGGACGACUUCGAGAGCACCUUUGUCGUCCUCUUCGUCGGCCUGCUAUUCCUCAAGGUGUUCCACUGGCUCGCCAGCGACCGCAUAGAGAUGAUGGAACAGGCCGCCCAAGUCUCGCGACUUGCUCACGCCCGCAUGAUCGGCCUGCUCUCGCUGCUUUGGCUCGCCGACAUCGCCUGUCUCUUCUACGCCGUCGAGUCGAUCAUGCUCGACGGGCCAACCGUCAUGAUCAUGUUUGCGUCCGAGUACAUGAUCCUCUUGGCGACUGUAUGGACCACGACGAUGAAGUACGCCCUGCACUGCAUCGACACGCGUCGCGACGUUCCUUGGGAGGCGAAGAGCAUCUACAUCUUCUAUGUCGAACUCGCCGCAGACUUCUUCAAGCUCUGCACCUACCUCACCUUUUUCGGCCUCAUCCUGACCUUCUACGGCCUCCCCCUCAACAUCCUCCGCGACGUCUACAUCACGCUUCGCUCUUUCCUCCUCAAGCUGCGCGACCUCCGACGGUACCGCCAAGCGACGCGGAACAUGGACGAGCUGUACCCUAACGCGACGAGGGAGGAGAUGGACGCGAUGACGGACAAGACGUGCAUCAUCUGCCGCGAGGACAUGGAGUUCCGGCCUGCCGAAGGCGAAGUCGCAGGUGCAGAGGGCGCGCGGGAUGGUCCGCAGGCAGGAACGGAUGCUGGAGCGCAACCGCCGCAGGCAGUGCAGCGAGUCGGUCUCAACGACACGCCGAAGAAGCUGCCGUGCGGGCACGUCUUCCACUUCCACUGCUUGCGGAGCUGGCUUGAGCGCCAGCAGAGCUGUCCAACCUGUCGCCGCCCCGUUUUGCCGCAAGAGCAGCCACGCCAACAGCCGCAGCAACAACCACCAUUCCCUGGUGCGCAGCCUGCCGGCCUGGCUCCCGCAGGCGCCCCCAAUGCACGGCCAGAUGCGCCUGGCGCCCCUCCUCCCGCUCAAGACGCUAUUCGCCAAGCUCAGAUCAACCUCGCUCGCAACCUCGGCCGCGAAGCGUUCGGCGUCCUCCUUCCCGGCGUCCCCUUCCCGCCCGAAGCUGAGGCUCACCUUCCACCUGCGCCGACAGUUCCGCCAGCAGCACAGGCGACAGCGGCACAGGCUGCUCCUCCUCCUGCGGGACCCACUUCUCCGCCGCUCGCGAGCGACAGUGCGACUACAAUCGCCGGUCCCUCUUCAACCUCCGCCACACCGCCUGUCGACGCCACCACCGCCGGCGACAACCCUCUUGCCCGCUUCAAUCUCCCUUCUCUCCCUCUCCCUGAAACGGGUGAAGGCGGUCUCUACCACACUCCUCCUACGAUGGCAUACCCCUCGCCCGGCUCCUCUUCCUUCGCCGACCUCGCCUACGGCUCUUAUCCCCAGUUCGUCGGCGCACCCCUCCUUCCGCCUCCUCCAGCCGGUUCGGCACAAGCUCGAGCGGUUCCUCCAAAUCUACUCGACCGCAUCGACCUGAUACGGAGACGGUGGCAGGCGCUUGGUGCUGCUGGUGGAGAAGCGGUCGGCGGGGCGCAGGCGAAUGGCGAUGCGAACGGGGCGGGUGCGGACGAGAAGGACAAGCCGAAGGUCGACAAGGGGAAAGGAAAGGCGGUCGCGACGGAGCUUGCUGCCGAGUCGGAACCAGAGUCAGCAAAGACGGACGAGGAGCUGACGCCUCGCGAGGCGGCACUUCGAGCGGCCGAGCGAAGAGCGGGCAAGCAGCCCGCCUCGGCCCCGCCGCGCCCUCUCCCGACGUCCGAUCCUUCCGACAAGACCGUCAUCCGAGUAGACGCCGCGUCUCAGUCAGAGCCGUCCAGCUCAGCUGCCCGCCCGUCUGCCUCGCCUAGACCAGUCACCCUACCUCGCCUGAUCCCGCUCUUCGACCCAUCGAACCCGCCUGCGCCCUCCCUCUCGUCAGCCACCCUUCCAUCUCUAUCCGACGUCUUGCCAUCAUCGUCCGCCUCGAAGACCAAGAGCGAGCAGCUCAGCGAGGCAGACGAGCUCGUCCGUCGAGGUCUUGAGGAACGCUUGCGGCUUCUCGUCGGCUUCCAGGACCGCAUCGAGCAUCUCGUUGGCGAUAUGCGUACCGCGCUGAUGGGUAUGGACCUGACGACUGGCGCUACGAGGAGUGGUAGAGGCACAGGUGGAGGACUUGGAGGAGUUUCGACACGUGAAGGUACCCGCGACGAUGGCGCCUAG